UGGAGCGACCUUUUUAAGGGGGGUUAAGAAGGCUAUAAAACUUGAAUCAAGCUUUAAAAACGACCUUUCCUUUUGACGCUUCAAAGAGAACGAAAAAGAAUUUUCAACAAGUUUUGUAUAUAUACAAACUUUUUAAGAAAAUGAUUAAGGCAAAGAAAUAUGACUGGCAGGAUUCCAACAUGGCUUUGUUUGGUUCAGACACUGAGAAAAAGGUGAAGAAAGAGUCUGCAGAGACUGAACCUGCUUGGAAGGGAGCUGGGGACGACGUUGGUUUACAAAUCUGGAGAAUUGUCAAGUUUAAGGUAACACAUUGGAACAAGGAACAAUAUGGUGAAUUCUACAAUGGAGAUUCGUACAUUAUUUUGAAUACAUACAAAGAACCCGAAGGUGAUGAAUUAAAAUAUGAUGUUCAUUUUUGGAUUGGGAAACAUUCCACGCAAGAUGAGUAUGGUACUGCUGCAUACAAAACUGUUGAGUUGGAUACUUUGUUGGAUGAUAAACCUAUCCAACAUCGUGAAGUGCAAGGACAUGAAUCCAAACUUUUCAAAUCUUACUUUGAUACUUUGACACUGCUAAAAGGAGGGGCUGAUACUGGAUUCAGACGAGUGCUUCCUGAAGCAUACAAACCCAGAUUGUUCCAUGUUCAGAAACAAGGCCGCAAAAUAACAUGCACUCAAGUUAGCUUGAAGAGAGGAAAUUUGAAAACAGGAGAUGUUUUUAUCAUUGAUACUGGAAGUACUAUUUAUCAGUAUAAUGGAGCGGAAUGCAGCCAUGACGAGAAAUUCAAAGCAGCGCAAGAAUGUGCUCGCAUUCGAUCAACACGUGGUGGAAAAGUCAAAGUAGAGACUUUGGAAGAGAGAAAUACUUCACCUGAGCAUCCAGCAUUGAUGAUUUUAAAAGAUGGUGAAAGCAAAGAGAAAAUUAAAGAAAAAGGUGAAAGAAAAAUGUUUAGAGUGAGUGAUGCUGACGGUAGUUUGGAUAUGGAUGAUGUUGACGGCUUUUCAAAAGAUUUAUUAACUUCUGAUGACGUGUACAUCGUGAAUUCCGGCGAACAUUGUUUUUGUUGGGUUGGAAGUGGAGCAAGCGUUGACGAACGGAAAAAUGGAUUAGCUUAUGCGUGUAACUACUUGAGCAAGACAAGUACACCAUGGCUUCCUGUUUCUGUAGUUCAACAAGGAAAAGAAACCGCCGAGUUCAACGCAGCAUUUUAAAUAAGUUCACUUGAUGUUUUGAAGAAAUGUUAUUUAUGGAGGCAACAAUUUAAUUUAUGCUCAUGUUUGAUUGUAUUAGUGUAAAAGACAAUUAUAUUGUGGUUAUUUCCAGACUAACUGGUUUAUAUUAAACGUAAAUUUCAUAGAGACUUUUAACAACGCCGUGUAGGGCGGAUUGGUUUUUUUGUAAAACUACACCUUUUAAGAUCCGUUACAAAAACAGAAAAUUGUAAAUGAUAAAGAAGUUUUUUAUGUGCAAGCACCCCGAUGGAGUAGUUUCGUCAUAAUUAGCACUCUUAUUUUUAUUAUUAUUAUUUCUUAUAAGCUUCAGGGCGCACAACAUUGAUAUUGUUCACGAAAUAAAGUGCACUGAUAACAAAAGUGGUUAAAAACUACUAAAAUGGAAAUGCUAAUGAAUUUAUUAUAGGAAACUUUGAGAACGGAUAAAAACCCGCGUGUUAUUUGUAAUAGCCUAUUGAGCCAAGAUUAAACUUUUUUAGACAAUGAAUAAUGGUUGACAUUUGGUGCGUUCGUUUACAUCAAAAGCCAAAUUGAUAGUCUAAUAUGUUAUUAAUCGUUUCUUUUUUUUUCAAGUCUGUACCAUGGAGAUAAACAUUCUGUAUCAAUGAGUCAACUAUGCCCUCCCUAGCAACAUUUGUCAAGGAGUGAACUUAGCUAAAAACAAUUUCCACACAUUAUGUAAAUAACUCAACGGCAUACAUUGAAUUUAUUAAGGUGUCUGCUUAACACAUUUCCAAAAAAGCUCUGCGAUGGAGUUAGCUAACAUUGGUGCGUUUGUUUACAUGGUACCAAAACAAUUCGUCUUGCAUGUUCUUUAAAGGCAUGUAACAAUGUAAGAUAAUACAGCAUUGUUUUUGGUAACCAUAAAAGGGCACAUAAACAAACCCAUAAAGGCGAUCUAUAAAAAUAAACCGUCCUCUUCUCUAAACUGUUACGAGCGAAGAGGAGUGGCAAAAGAACUUUAAAAAGUUUUUCCUUGACCUAUUUUUUUACUUGUCGACAACUCACAAAACCAAGAUGAUAAAAGCAAAGAAAUAUGACUGGACUGAUUCCAACAUGGCCUUGUUUGGCUCAGACACAGAUAAAAAGGUA